UUUACAUUUUCGAUGUGGAAUUAAUUUGAAAUUUGAUGCUCUGUCUGGGGAAAUUUUUGAUCUUAUUAAAAUAAGAAAAAAGUGUUCACUUUCAACCAGGCAUUUAAAAAUCUAAGAUAAAAUUAAAUUUUCUUUUAUGGAUGCGAAAGAAAUCAAAUCGUUACUAAAGCAAGCUAGAGAAUGUUUAAAGGAGAAAGAUUACAAAGCAGCUCUAAAACAUUGCAAGACUGUUCUUAAGACUGACAAAAAUAACUACAAUGCAUGGGUAUUUGUUGGAGCAGCAGCUCAAGAACUGGAUGAGCCCGAACAAGGUGAAGCAGCUUUUAGAAAGGCAAUUGAGAUAUCACCAGACCAACUCUUAGCAUGGCAGGGUCUAUGCAGUUUUUACGAGAAACAAGAAAAGGAAGAACAUAAUGAAGAACUUCUUUCUGUGUAUGAAAAGCUAAUUGAUCUACUGCAUUCUGAUAAAGUGAAAAUGCUUGAAAUGUAUGACAAAUUGAUCUCUAUUCUAAGAAAAAUGAACAAGAAAGAGAAACUUUUAGGAGUACUUAGAUCAAAGUUAGAUGUCGUAAAAGAUGAUAGCGAGGGAAAAUAUUUAGUGAAUAAAUUGAUUUUUGAAGAAAUAUGUGGACAAGUCCAAUUGGGAGAAAAUGAAAAAAAGAUACAAAUGGAAGCAUUACAAUGUAUUAUUGAUCAUGAAAAAUUUUCUGAAGCUGAUAUUAAAAGAAUAUUUUCAACAUUCAUUGAAAAUUUGGUCAAAUGUUCGAAUGAACAAUAUUCUCUGAGUUUAGCACUAAUGAUUUACAAAAAAUUUCCUGAUAGUCCAACCUGUCUAGAGUUUUUAUGCCGAUUAGGAAUGAAAUUAUACAUAGACAACAACACUGUUAUUGGGGGUAUAGAUGAGUUGUCAGAAAAGAUAUCAAAGUGUGAUAUGAUUAAAGGAAUUGCUUUGAUUUUUCAAGGUUAUACAUACUUGAUCGCCAAAAAAUAUGUGGAGGCAAUUCUGAGCAUAAAACAAGGCCUUAAAACAGUUGAAUCCUGCUUGGAAGGUUGGUAUUUCCUAACAGAAAUACAUCUGAAGUUACAUCAAUACAAAGAUGCUGAAAAAAAUGCUAAAAUAGGUAUAGAUCUUUCAAUGAAACGUACCACUUCUUCAAGCAUGAUCGGAAAAUUUUAUUUGCUUCUGGGCCAAGCAUUGUGUGGAAAGCAGAAUUUCAAUGCUGCUAUCAAAUCUUUUGAAAAGUGUAUACAGUACUUAGGACAAUCAAAGGAAAUUAUGAUUUCUUUCUGCCAAACACUUUUAAAAAUUGAAGAAGUUGAAAAGGCUGAGAAGAUUUGCAAUGAAUUGAAAGCAAAGUACAGUGAUGAUGCUGAUGUGAUGCUGAUUGAAGGCUACAUCCUUCUCUUGAAAAAAGAAUAUUCUGCUGCAUUAGCAAAGUUAAAAGAAUCCAUUAAGCUAAAGGAGAGUGCUUUUACUUUGCACUUAAUUGCCACCUCUUUGUGGUUCUCUGAGCAACAUGAAAAGGCAUUCAAAAUUUUUAGUAAAGCUAUUGAGCUAGAUCCUUAUUUUGCGAUGAAUUUUUUGUAUCUUGGCCAUUACUACCGAAAUCAUUUGCUUGAUAAGAGCAAAGCUUGUUUGUGCUAUCAAAAGGCUUUUACUUUGGAUAAUGCUGACUUUGAAAUAGGACUAAACUUCAGCCAGACGUUAAAAGAGAUGGGAAAAGAGGAAGAAAAUGUAAAGGUUUUGAAGAUUAUUACUGAAAAUGCAAGUUUAGGAAGUUGUAAAUGGGCUUGGACACAACUUGGUCUUUAUCAGUUGAAAACGAACCCUUCUGAUGCUAUCUUUUCUUUUCAAAAUGCUGUUAGAGCAGAUCCAAAUAACAGCCAUACAUGGGAAUGCCUAGCUGAUGCCUACCUGAAACGUGGCAGUUAUGAAUCAGCUUUAAAGGCUUUUGAAAGAGCUGCAGAAAUUAAUACUAAUGCUAUGUAUCCGUUGUACCAAAUUGCCACUAUUCAAAAAUUACGAGGCUUUUAUCCUGAAGCAGUUGAGAAGCAUAAGGUUCUCUUGGAAGUUGCUCCAACUUAUGUCCCUGCAUUGAUAGGCUUAGCUGAAACAUAUGUGCUGUAUGCCAAGAAAUCAUUUUCUGAUUGCCUGUAUGGAUUAUCUCGAGAUUAUUGUCAAGAAGCUCUCAAUGUUCUAUCUAGAGUUGCAGCCUCAAACACAGGAUUAUCCUCUUUGUGGAAGUUAGCCGGGGAUGCAUGCACUUUGCUUUUCCAUUUGGAUGAAAAGUGGUUCCCUGUAACAGUUCCUCAUCAGUUGCACCAGAAAAUAGAAACAGAGGCUGUUGUGUGUAACAAAUCGGAAAUUUUGAUGUAUGGUUCCAAGUUUUUCGGUCGUGCCAUCGUAAUUAAAGAUAAUGUAAGCACCUUAUGGCAUGAUUUGGGUGUUAGUUAUUAUUAUCAAUCUCUUCUGCAUUUUGAUUCAAAUACGAAAGUAGAGUUUGCAAAAAAAAAAGCUUUUGUUUGUUUUCAAAAAGCUGUUUCUAUUGCUGCUCAAUAUCAAGCUCAUUGGAUUGCCCUUGGUGUCGUUGCAAUUGGUAAAGGUUUGAAUGAUGAUGCUUUUGGACAACAUGCCUUAAUUCAAUCUCUUGAAAUUAACCCAAAUAAUGCAGAAACGUGGACAAAUUUGGGGAUUUUGUAUCUUGAAAAAGGGAACAUAGAGUUAGCAAAUGCUGCUUUUGUGAAGGCACAAUCAACAGAACCAACAUAUCCAUUGAGUUGGAUUGGACAAGCAUUUAUUGCAGAUAAAAUCGCACAUGCUGAAACCAUGGAUCUGUAUCGACAUGCAUCUACACUAGGAUCUCAUACAGAAGCACUACUGGGUUACUCAAGAAUCGUGUGUAAAACACUUCUUGAUACUACCAACAAAAACACGGAAGCUUAUAGAUAUAACAUAGAGCAGAUGAAUGCUAUUGUUGUUGCUGUGGAUUGCGCUGAAAAAUUUAUUGGAAAUAAAAAUACUGUACCUGAGGCAUUUAAUAUUUUGGGAAUGCUUCUGGAAAGGCGUUGUAUUUAUAAUGCUUCAUUGAAUUCCUACAAGAGAGCUUUAGAUUUAUUUCAAGAAAAUGGACAAGCAGAAAAUGUAGAAAUAGUUAGGGCCAACUAUGCAAGAUUAUUGUGUGUUAAUGGGCAUAUAAAUGAAGCCAUUAAAGAAUUUCUUCUGCUGAAAAAAGUGGAUACCAGUCUACUUUGCAGUUUUGCUGUGGCAUUUCUCAAAGCAAAGCAAUAUGAACAGUCAUUUAAAUUGUUUAAACAAGCCUUUGAAAAAGCUAAAAGCAAUGCAGACAAAUCCCAUAUAAAAGUUGCUAUGGCCAUAGUUGCAAGAAACCUUCAAGGAUCUGAUUUUCCCAAUCCUUUAACUUUGUUAUUUGAAAGCUCUCAACUAAGUCCAGCAUCUGUGCCAGGACUGUUAGCUCUUUGUGCUGUAGGGAUUUUAAAAAAUGAAAGAGACUUAUCAUUGGCAGCUCAAAAAGAACUUCAACCAUAUAAGUAUCAUAAAGAUUACUGUCCAUCCAUAGCCCUGCUUUGGGCAUCUCAGGCCUAUUUAUUGAAAGGAGCGAAAGCUGGACGUAAUGAAAUGCUCAGUUUCAUCCGCUGUGUGCCAAAUAAUGGAGAGAUGUGGCUUCAAAUGGCCUCCUGUCUCCUUCAGUUUAAUUCUGAAUAUGCAAAUACUGCAGCUUACUGCACAAAAGUGAGCAGUUUCCACAAUGGAAACAAAGAGCAGUUAUCACAAAUAUUUGCUUUGAGUCGAAUGUCUGAAGGUUACCGAAAGGGUGCACUUUCUGCUGCACAGAAAGCCGUCCACUUAAAUCCGGCACAUCUGUCUAAUUGGGUGACGUUAGCUGCUGCAUGUCAUGUUGCUGAAAAAGAUAGAAAAAACACAGGAUGGAUGUUCAGUUUUGUUAAAAAAUUAGCUAAGGAACAAGGAAUAGAGUCUGAUAUGUUAGGUGCCCUUAUUAUUUUAGAAGCAUUUCAUUAUAUUUGUGAAAAUAAAUUCAUGGAUGCUAACAGAUUACUGAGUAAAGCAGUUUCUGUCACUUCCUUUAAUGCAGAGAUUCAAUCAGCGCUACAGAUUUUGGAUGCAACUGUGAAAGUUUUCUUAAACAAAGGAAGCCUGGAUUCUCUAGUUAUUGCUAUGAAAAACAAUCAAAACUCCUUUUUAGGAUGGCAUAUACUUUCUCAACUGUUAAUGUCAUCAGGAAGAUUUUUUGAAGCUGAGAAAACAAUUUCAAAGUUUGCUAUCACUGCUGAAAAGUUAUUCCCGAAGUGGACCACUUUCCCUUUGUUGCAGUUGGCUGUUAUGUCUUAUAAAGCUAUGAAUGUGAAUAUUGAUGAAAGAGAAAAAUGGUUAAAGCUGGGGGAAGAAGCGAGUGGUAAAGCAGUGCACCUUUUCCCAUCUAGUCAGGCUGCACGCUUCAUGCAAGGAUUGUUCGCUUUGGAAUCUGGAAAUAAGAAUUUAGCCAGAAGGAGCUUUGAAAAGGUAGUUUCUGAUCCAGUGAUCAAAGAACCAAAGUGGAUGGAGAAAGCUGCUAAAUGCAUAAUGGAUAUAAAUAAUUUGAAAAGAAAAGCUGACAAAGAUCAAGAGACCUCUUGAUGAACUUCGAUUCUAGUCACUGGAAGAAAAUAUUUCUGUGAUAAAAAUUGUCUUCAAUGAAUUGCUUAUCAAAUUUAACUGUAUUUAUUUUUAUGGAAUUUUGAAAUAUUUUUAAAAAAAUUUGACAAAAUAAAAUGCAAAUUCAAAGAAAUACUGACAGAUUUGUUUUUUCUUUUGUUAAUAAAUCAUACUAUAGCGGAACACACCAAAAAGUAUGGUGUGUGAAAGCCAGACGAUAUGUAUCACAUAUCUCAGAUUUUGAAAUAAUAUGUUCAAUCAUUGUGGUAUGAAUUUGGCUGUUCAGAAUAUUAGUAUAUUUUUUUUUUUUUUUUUUUGA